GAAAACUUUCCAACGUCGUUAGUCGUAACGAGUUUUGCUCGACGAAUUACUUUACACGCGGUUAACGUUUCUAAAUUUUCUACCGAUUCUAGAGUCUGCCACGCGGAUUAACUCGGCUUCUCCCGCCUGGUGAACGCCAUUCCCGGUUUGUUCAAAUCUUAAAUUCUCCCACGCAUUUAUCACCACUCUCGACACUCCGCCCAAACUCCCCCCGCGGUCGGCGGUUUUCCGCCGCCAGAAACGGGUCAAGGCGCGGCUCCGUCCCCACGGGAAACGCCGAUCGCUUCCUUUUUAAUGGCGCGGCCGACUAAAAACAAACAAACGCUGCCCGCAUUCGCCCCGUCAUGUCUCCGCCGUUCCGCCUCCCCGCUUUCGGUCUUCUGAUCGUCGCCCUUCUCCUUUUCUCCUCCGCCUCGCCCCAACGGGAAAGACGUAAGUACGCGGCGCCGCCUCCCUCCCCGCCGGGGAGGAGAGGGGCCCUGGGUAAUCCGGAUAAAUCGGCAGGAGGAAGCCGGGGAUCUUCCGGGACGCGGAAGAGAGCCGCCACGGAGAACGCGCGGCGGAUAUGGCCCCAAGGGGUGAUUCCCUACGAGAUGGACCCGGGACUGAGUCACCUAAUGCAGACCCUGAUCCGAAAGGCCGCCGACGAGUGGGAGUCGCGCACCUGCCUCAGAUUCGUCCCCGUGGCUCCCUGGCACGGAUACCGAGUCGUCUUUAAACCCGGAAGCGGAUGUCGCCGGGACUCGGCGGUGGGCAAGAACUCGGACAGACAGGAGGUGGCGCUGGACGAAGAGUGCGGCGACCCGUCGCUGCUGCUGCACGAGCUGGGACACGUGGUGGGAUUUUACGACGAACAGAACCGACCCGACCGCGAUCGACACGUCCGAGUGCUGUUCGAGAACGUCCGAGACGAGUACCAGGCCACUUACAAGAAGCGCUUCGCUUUUCUGGUGGAUUCCCUGGGCUUUCCUUACGACUUCGACAGCGUCAUGCACCUCAGACCCUCGGAUCACGUGACGGCCCCGGGGAAGAAGAGCAUGACGCCGGUGGAUCCGUCGGUCUCGUUGGAGAACGGCAGGAAGAGGUUGAGCGCGGUGGACGUGGCCCAGACCAACGAGCUGUACGGAUGUCCGAAGUGUCUGACCAACCGGUACGAGGUGACGGGCACCGUGUCCGGCCGACCGGAUCUCUGGCCCCCGCCGGAAGGAGAGGAGGAAGACGAGUACUGUCGGUGGUACGUCAGGAGGAAGCAGGGAGAGUUCGUCGAACUGGUCGUCGACUUCGUGGACAUUCCCGGCAGCGAGGAUUGUUCCGACGGCUUCUUGGAAAUUCGAGACGGAUAUUGGGAUCGAUCUCCGAUUUUGGGCCGUUUCUGCGGGAACGCUGCCGGCGGCAACGUUUUCAGAAGCAGCGCCAACUCCCUGUUGAUCGGGCAGAAGAAGAAGCGCAACUCUACCGGAUCGUUCGACGUCACCUACAGAACUACCUGUUCCGGAAAGGUGGAGGCCGACGUGGGUGUGUUGGAGAGUCCGCAAUUUCCCAGCAGUUAUCCCCUUCAUCCCGAGUGCGUGUGGAUCGUCACCGUCUCCCCCGGAUUCAGAGUCUUCUUCCGCUUCCGGUUCUUCGAGAUGGAGGAGGGAGGAGACUGCCGGACGGAGUACGUGGAGAUUCGAGACGGCGCCGACUACGAGGACCGGUUGCUGGGAAAAUUCUGCGGAUCCGAGCUUCCCCCCGAAGCCGUCUCGUCCGACAACGUGGCCCUGGUCCGAUACGUCACCGACGGGUGGAAGGAGAAGACGAGAUUUUCCCUUUCCUUCGUUAAAGAAACCAACGAGUGCGAGUCGCCCGACAGAGGAGGAUGCAGCGACCUGUGCGUCAACACCGUGGGAAGUUAUCGUUGCGAGUGUCUGACCGGGAGGCGCUUUCUUCCCGACAACAGACGCUGCGAAGCCUAUUCGGCCACCUGCGGCGGAUACCUAAACUUGGAGGAGAGCGCGGUGAUAGCCAGUCCCCUGUUUCCCGACAACUACCCCAAGAACAGCGACUGCGUCUGGAAGAUCGCCAACAGAAACGUCCUCCUCACCUUCCUCUACUUCGAGGUGGAGGCGUCGGCCGCCGGCAAAGGGUCUUGCUACGACAAAGUGUCCGUCAGCGGGUCCAAUCUGCCGGAAGAAGAAUUUUGCGGUUUCCGUCUCCCUCCGCCUCUGAACCUGACGGAAACGGAAGAUCUGCGCAUCCGGCUAACCUCGGACGAUUCCAUCGAAACUCGCGGAUUCGCCAUUCGCCUGGAUCCCACGUUUUAGAAUUUGUAAAGGGCGAACGAUAAAGUCGGAAUUCUCACGGCUCGACGGCCUUCCAACGCGGAAUAAAGUGGUUAAAGAGUAAAAGUAAACGAGACCUAAUUAUUGCUUCCCUUUUCCGUUAAAAAUCACCCGAGGGGAGGAGAAGUUCGGGCUGCCUCCCGCGGGGAGUGGUCGAGGUCCGAAGCCGACAGUUACGUAUACACCUACGAUUCGGACCGAUGGA